AUUAAACAAUCUUCAAGCCAUUUUUUUAAAUCCGUUUAUCCAAUUCUGGGUUAUAGGCUCAAUCAGUAAUUUGUAAGACGACUGGUAGAAGGCAGCACGGCCUCUUCGGUUGACACAUGCGAUAACCAGACGGACUAACUGAAGGUACCCUUAUGAUGAUUUUCGCUUAAGCUGAAACGUAAAUAACACCUAAAAACUGUGGUUUCCUUCCGAAUCUUAAAGUACAUCGCAUGAAAUUACCACGGAUCACAAACAUAAGUCCAGAUACAAGAUAUGGAAUAUAAAACAUCAGUUUUCAGAGGUUUGCCUUUGAAAAUUAAAACAGAAGCCUUGGAUAACAGUGAAAACGUGCUCAAACCUACAGUGAAUGUAACAACAGAUAUCGGUAAAGCAAAGUUGGAAAAACUGUCGUCUCUGAGAGCUGAGGUAGAUAAAGCAUGUAGUAACUAUUUCCAGCAUCGGCUUCUGUUAUCUGCAGUGAAAGAGGUCGCUUGUGAAAGUGAUUCUGAAUUUCCACUGAUUACUCAGAAAGUUCAGCAGAUUAUUGCAUCACAGAAGGUGGCAAAUAUUGCAGAUCUUAACUUUGGGAAGAGUGAUCAUCUGCAUGAAUCCUUGAUGGUUCUUGGAUUGGAAGACAGUCAUAAAUGUGGUUCAAGGACUGUGCUGUCUUAUACUGAGAAGAUUAACCUGAAGUCUGUGGUAGAGGACAAACUUCUAAGGAAUUGCUCCAGAAUUCAGAACUGUAUAUGGAAAGGAGGAAAGGAGUUGCCACAAAAAGUAAAAAUCCAUAAGAAUGUUGUUACUUCUGACAGAUUUGAGCUAGUUAGAUCAACAAGUUCACAAUUUAAACAAUCACAUGAGAACUUAGUGGCAGUCAUAAGCCUUAUAAAUGAACUGCUUGACAUGCGGUUGACAUUCUCAGAGACAGUCAGGACAGAAGCAGUUCCAUGGUUUGAAGCCAAAUGUGAAAGUUUGGAACUUGAAGCAAAAAUUUUGGAGCUACAAAUUUUGGUUCACAUGCUCAGUGAGAAUCAAGAUAUGCCUGAAGCAAUGAAAAGAAUUGAUGAUUAUUCACAAAAACUCUAUGAAGAAAUGAAGUCAGAACUGGAGAAACUUAUGGAUGAUGAAAAAACAUAUGAUAAACUUACUGGCACAGAAUAUGAUAAUGUUGUAAAAAAGUAUAAACAAUGCAAGCAAGAGUUAAAUUACAAAACAUGGGUGCUGAAUGAAUUGUCAUGAAUAUGUUUAUGAUAGUUUAUUGAAUAUAAAAAUAUAAUUGUUCUCUGUAAAGUUUCCUUCCUGUGGAAAUGAAAGUUCUCUAAUCUGUUUUUGAAUGAUUGCUGCAACAUUUCUCAUACAGUUUGUCAUUUAUGUCAUUUUACGUUACUGUGGUGUGGUCCCUAUGACAGUACUAUUAACUGCAGAAAAUUGCUACAGUUUUAUAUAUGUUAAUUUACAAUAGAACAGUGAUGCAGAGGAUGAACAGAAGAAGUGAAUAUGCAAUCACUUUUGUUCUCUUACAAUUUGUACAUUUCUGAACCAGUAAUAUAGAUACAAAGAUGGCUAUCUGUUGGAUUGUACUGCCAUGUAGUCUGGUGAUGAGUCAUUACCUUGAUGAUGAAGGCAGCAAGGUACUCUUAAAUGUUGGUCAACAUUUACCAGACCACACAGUGCUACAACCCAGAAGACAGUCAUCUUCAUACCCACUGCCAUGAGAACCUCAAAUCCUGCUUAAUAUGGAUAUAUUUAGAGUUUGUAACUUUUUUAUGAUUGUAUAUGUAUGACUUUUUCUAAAUCAAAAAUAUGUGAUUGAGUCAGCCUAGAAACAAUCAACGUUUUUAUAUAAUUUAUUUUCUAGCUGCUUGUCUAGUGUUUAAGGUAUCCUCACCUCAUAUGUCAAUUUAGAAGGCAGGCUAGUGUAAAAAAUAAAGAAUGAUAGGAUAAUUCUGCACAUAA